AUGAAGGCGUCUUCAUUACCUAGAUUUGCCACGCCGAGAAAGUGGCUCCAGCACAUGUUGGAGACCCAUGGCUCAGAGUGGCAUCGCGUGGUGCAUGCGCCCUCGCAAUGGAUCUGCCCUCUGUGCCACGACACCACUAUCAAGUAUCCCAGCCCGGAUGAUCUCAAGAAACAUCUUGACAACGAUCAUGACAAGGCGGCGUUUACAGAUCCACAGAAAUGGCGCAUUGUGCGACAGAGUCAGGCGUCAUACCUGCGGCCGCGGAACGAGUGCCCCAUUUGUGGUUUAUCGAUUCAGGACCAGGAGGAUUCUCUCCAGAAUACGAGAAACGACAACGACAAGAAUAAGAGAAAUGCCUCAGAUGAUGUUAUCGGAGAGACCGACGAUCAGUUGUCUCGCAUCGCCUCCAGCCAACGGGACCUGUGUGAGAGAACUAACGUCUCUGCGGCGUCUUCACAUGAUGGAGAAGAAUUCGGUGAAGCCCGUGACCUGCAAGACCCUCAAGACGUGGUUCCAGAUCACGAUGAGGUUAUCACCUGGGAUCAUAUCCGCGGCGGGGAAGAUGACACGAUUGAUAGCUUCCUACAUCAGGCCGUGGAGCAUGGCGCGUUCCAGUCCCGCUGGAGCCAAAACACAGUUACAGACACUCUCCAUACUAACAUCAACGUGGAGAAAAAGCCAGAGGAGCAGCCCGAGUUGACUUCACAAAGGGCCGAGCAGACCUUGGGAUGGUUCUCGGCCAACACAGCAGCGAAUCUGUGGAAGCCAUUCCGAAAUGAAGUCGACGAGCUUGUAGGGGAAGAUGAGAGACUACUCCGAAUAGGGGGCAGCCUCCUCAACUACGACGUCCAACGUGACAUCUGGCAUUUCAAGCACCCUUCUGCGGCAGAAUACCUCAAGACAAAAGGCUGCGAUAUUGGCGAAGCCUUUACUUUUGUCGCCAUGGCUUGCCUGAAGUUUCUCACUACGGACCCCUGUGCGGCGGGCAAGACGAGGUGCGAGUGCGGUGGGAAUGGGGCACCAAGCUUCCAACCGGACACAAAACAGCCGCUUUGCAACUUCAUCAGAGCCUACACACUCGGAUAUGUGCAAAAGAUUGAGAAUAACCCUACCUGUCACGAUGCGAGGUUGACGGUCCUUGAGAAGCGCUUCCUAGGUUCACCACAGUCUAGCAGCCUUGCGUACCAGACUUGGGCCAAAACAUGGGGCGAAACAGCCUUGGAGGAUGGAAACUACCUCAAACCAGUCUCUUCCCCUCUGUUUUGCAUGGCGACCUUUGGACUGCAACGCCUACUUUUGGAUUGGUGGAUGGAUCCUCGGACUGAUCUGAAUCUUUGCAACGACCAAGGAAAUUCGCUUCUUGAUCUGACAGAUAUCUACAGUCAUGAUGCAAUUCGGCGUCUAAUUGUCUCGCGUAAUAUCACCUUGUCGCCUGGCGAAUCUGGUCCUCCUAGCAUGUUUCCUCAAGACAAUUAUGGCUCCCUGGGUCCUGCGCCGGAAAGAUCGUCGCCAAGUGAUAGCUUCACGCCCCGAAGAUCAUGGGCUAGUCAUAGGGCCAGAUCCUCAUUUCGCGGUCGAGGGGCCUCCAGUCGGUCCCGAGGAGGCCAAGAUGGUCUCAGCUUCCUUUUCGUUGUCAACAAACUGCUCAUAUCUGAGCCUGAAGAGGAUUCUUACGGGAGCCUCAUCCCACCCCGCUCGCCCGAAAAAUACUUAGGGGAGAUUCCGAGCACAGUUAUGCGCUACUACGAUGGUGAAGUGUCCGAGGCUGUCGGAUACCAAUGGUAUCGAGACCCUGCCGCUCCUACAGGAUACCUGCUCCGCUACGACGGAGAAAUGAACUGGGUGAUGGACACCUCAUCAAGCUACAGUUGGGUUGCCACUGAGUACGAGAGACGUGCAGUUUUUGCCUGCAACCCUUCGUUGCCUAUCUUGACUAGCAAUCAGGACCCGUUGCUGUAUCCUAGCAAUUGGGAACUCCUGAGUGUCCACCAUCCACGAGAAGUACAAGUUGGUCUGUCUCAGAUUACGACAUCUGACAGCCCCGUGGAAACGGAUGCAGGGGGUCCGUUGCGCUACGUAGCUGGAAAGUCUCCCAGCUGGAUGCCGGCACUGAUCCCUAGCUCAUACUGUAACCCCUAUUCGGAUGCGCCGCACUCUCGUGGUCUGGGAGGCGAGUUGGCCAUAAUCCUAGGUCUCAUGGCACUCACUGAGCGCCCCAAGGGUCCCACGGAAAAUGAGGCGACUGAUAUUUUCUUACAGAAACGAUGCUGGCGCCGCUAUGGGUGGCGGACGAACCAUCAACCCGAGGGGCAUCCGGCUACCGCCCAGGAUGUCCCAAACGGAUUUCUCUGCGCUGUCUUUCUGGACCCCGAGAACCCCCGUUCCACCGAGGAGUCAUUGCACACGUUUGAGUGGCAGACAGCUAUUGUUAGCGGGUGA